CCAACGGUAUGCUCGGCAGGGCGUUCCUUUCCUGUGACGUCAGCGGCCACGGAGCAGCGUUCUGGGUGCCAGGAAUAAAGUAGCGACGGAGGAAACUGGAGUGGAAGAGAGGCUUUAAAACAACACGAGUCGUAUUGGAUAGAAACUCCGCCGCUUAGCUAUGGCUGCUAAAGCAGAAAAGUGAGAUAGGACCUUCUUAUCCCAUGUCGACGGUCAACGGAGGAACUACAUUAGCCGGUCGAAGUUUUAGCGGAAGAAGUUCGACGCUACCGCGGCGCGGAUCAGCCUCGCUAGCCAUUAACGGUGUCAUCGGGGCUGUUAUCGCCUGACGCUAAAGAAGACAGAAAACAUGGUGUCCUGGAUGAUUUCCAGAAGCGUUGUGCUGUUAUUUGGGACCUUGUAUCCUGCAUACUACUCUUACAAAGCUGUCAAGACCAAAAACGUCAAGGAAUAUGUACGAUGGAUGAUGUACUGGAUUGUGUUUGCCCUCUACACUGUGGUGGAGACCAUCACCGACCUCACACUAGCCUGGUUUCCUCUCUACUAUGAGCUGAAAAUAGCCUUUGUGAUCUGGCUGCUGUCCCCCUACACAAGAGGAGCCAGUCUCAUUUACAGGAAGUGUCUGCACCCUCUGCUGUCCUCCAGAGAGCGGGAAAUCGAUGAUUACAUUGUGCAGGCCAAAGAGAGGAGCUAUGAGACCAUGGUCAACUUUGGCAGGCAGGGACUGAGCAUAGCAGCCACGGCCGCCGUCACUGCAGCUGUCAAGGGCCAGGGCGCCAUCACCGAGAAGCUGCGUAGCCUGAGUAUGCACGACCUCACACAAAUUGGCCAGCAGGGCGAAGGAGAAGGAAACCAACUCUACCAGUACAGCUCCCACUCAGCCAACCCCGCCGCCAGGAGAUCUCAGAGCACCGACGCUGCCGACAAAGAUGACUACUUUUAUGACCAGGAGGAGAGGAGUGAGGAGGAGGGCGAGCCCAUCUACUCUGAGGACGAGGCCGUCACUCAGAAAGGACUGAGACGCUCACAGAGUGUCAAGAUCACGCGCUCCAGAGUCCGCAGAGACGCUCGUUACGGAUCCCUGAAGAUUAAAGGCAAGAAGAGACCGGCGCUGAGCUCUGUGAACUACGCAGCGUGAAAAGGAGGCUGCAGACACACGCACACACACACACACACACACACGCACACACACACAAACCAGCGUGCUGAUUGGUGGACUUUUCUCUCUGCUGUGCUCUUUCUUCUGACAUAUUUAUUACUUCAUUCAUCCAAUGCCAAUGAGGCCACCAGAACCGAUGCUCUGAGAACUUUCUAUGUAUUUUUGGGUUUAAUGCCGUACAUUCUUGCAUUGACUUGUGAGUGUAUUUAAUUAGUAGUUUUGACGUUGUAUCCCAGCAGUCUUUUAGAUUGUUGAGUCUUUUAGUGUCAUUUCGUACAAACUUUGUGGUCUUAUAAAGAGUCCAUGGACUUUAAUUAAUGGCUUAACGAAUACUUAAAUCACAGGAAUGCUUUUUGCGGAGGCUUUUUGCUUUGUAGCCUUUUUAUUUGUCGUGGCCCCUCAACAUAUCUUCACCCAAACAAGGUGAAGAUAUGUUGACUAACUCUAGUUGAUUAUCAUACAGUGUCAUUUUCAUAUUGGCCAUUUUGGGAGGUUCAACACCAGCUUAAAUGACCCCUGAAUGACCCAGCAGGUCUAUCGAGACCCCGACGUUUUUGGAUUGUUUAAAAAUCUUUGCCAACAAAUCUGAAUUCGAUAUCAGAGGGGAUUUUAACAUGCUAACACUAGCUCCACGUGUUUAUCAUUUAGUUGUUUUUUUUAUACCGUGGGAUCAAAUUGGGUACAGGGAAUUUUGGCACACUUCACUUUAAUUGGUACCAACUACCACAGCGCUAGCUGCGGGCAAUGUUAGCAAACCGUCUAAUCACUGCUGUGGUUCACUGUCACCGCUCAGCUCUUUCCAGCUGUGCACCACCGUCAGCUGCAGACAGUUCGCUGCUGUGCAAGAUCAACAUUGGACUUGAGCUUGUUUUUUUUUCAUUACUGUAAACAUGAUGCAGAGACCAACAUAUGUUUUAACAACCUCGCAGUCCAACAGUUUUAGUAUUAAUGGCUCCCAAGUAAUCUUUCCUACUUGGUUUUGAAACGUUGCUUCCGCUUCCUUUUUUGUAUUUUAUUUUUUUAGUGCUUGUUGCUUGUAUGUACUGUCUAGUCAACAUCCCCUGCCAUGGGGGAGGGGGAGGCUCUGACCUGAACUGACCUAGGAUUCUUAAGGAUUCCGACACAUGACCACCAGCAGAAGAGCCGUCAGAGGGGAAGCCACCAUGAACACCAACGAAGGGAACCAAAGGGAAGAGAGAACCAAAUGAAUGAAACAAAGUGACUCUGUGCAAAAUUCCAGCCUUUAUGAAGGCCCACUACUCGUAUGUUUAUGCUAUAUGUCCUGAUCACACACACCUUAGUAUCAGGGAGGAUUUGUUUUAGCUGUUUGAAUUGAAUGUGUGUGUCUGUGUGUUACCUUGGAAUCAAGUCUUGAGUCCUCUGUAUGUUAACCACCUGUUUUUGCACAUUUACCCUUUUGUUAUCAAUGCUGUUGCUUAUCAUCUCAUGAUAUAAUGUACUUUGUUGUGGGAGGAUGCAGCACAACGGAGGCUGAUACUAACAUUUAGAAGUUUGGCUGGUUUUGCUCUGCGCUUGUGAUUCAGCUGCAGUCGGUCCUGCUGAGUAGACGGCUUUGGCCAACGUGUCCUUCUGAAUGGGAGGAAUGGGUUUCUGACCACAGCAACAUCCAAGUGUGGCUGAUGUGUUGACCGACACCUGUGGUCCUCAACCUCUUUCCUGUCAAUGAGCCCUGUCCAAUAACAUUGGGUUUAUUCAGUAGUAAGACCAGGACUGUGGAGGAGGUGGCGCCUCGAGAUCAAGACGUCACUUUCUCUUUCUCCCAUUGGGCUCGCCUCUAUAGUGAAUAAACUACUUUGCAUUUUUGUGGGCGAACCUUAAGGAGAACGAGCCAAACUUCCUCAUGUCGCGACGCCCUUUAAUGCUCUCCACUAAAUAUUGAUACCAAAGCGUUAUGUACUCACUGCUGUGUGGAUUAUGUGUUUUCCUUUUAUCUGUGUGGGUAAAAUGUGUGUGGAUUGGAAAUGGAAUACAAUAAACAAAACCGGUUUCAUUGCGGUCUAUUCCAA